CAAUGCAGUGGCUACCAUUCGGAGAAGUAAGACGUAAAUCGUGGUUUGUGUCGGAAGAAAAAUUGCAGCUUGCAGCGAAACAUUCGCUGAUUAGACUCUACUAGUAGAACGAAGGUUUUUGUCGAACCGAGAAGGUUCACAAAAUCGGUUUUCAACAACGCAAUCGCCUCGAGCUAUCGAUUUUGUUUUGAAGAAAGCCUAAUAUUGAGGCACGAAGUGACAAGCAAGGAUGGCAAACGCAAAAGUCGCAGUUCUGUUUGGAUUCGUGCUUGUAGCAUCCGCUUUGGCGACGGACCCGAGCGCCGACGAUUGUGAAGCAGCCGUGGAGAGAUGCUCUCCCACUUAUUCAAGCUUCCUGCCUCGCGGAGAUAAAACGGUUGAAAACGACUUGAGGCAAUACACCAGCCAAUUGGUGGACAAAUCGUUCCACUUUCUCAUCAUGUCGUCGGCCUUCAACAAGCACAGCCUGGACCGACCGGGCUUCGAAAAGCUUUAUCGCAAAAUGAGCGACAAGGCCUGGGAGGAUGCAGUUGGUUUGAUCAAAUACCAGAGCCGCCGUGGAUCUUUCGGCAACCUCGUAAAACCGAAAAAGGAUUCGAAGUACGAUAAAGUCUUGGAUGUCCAGGAGCUCAGUUCGCUACAGUUUGCACUGGAUUACGAGAAGACUUUGGCCAAGGAAGCACACGCCAUCCACCGCAAGGUUUCGCAUGCCCACUCGAAGGUCAGUGCAAACGGAUCUGAAGAUGUCUACCAUUACGAUCCUGACGCAGCACACUACCUGGAUGAAAAGGUUAUUGAGUAUCAGUCGGGUACUGUACGUGACCUUGCCGGAUACAUCCAUAACCUGAAACACUUCACUGAGAAGCAACAGCCGGCCAGCGAUUUGGGUAAUCACCUGUUUGAUGAGUACUUGGCCAAAGCAGAAUAAACAAUCGUAAAUCAGGCGUCUUCAUAUCGGUUGGUAGAAACUGUUCGAUGCCAUGAUAGACGCCACUAUUCAUUGUACUUGCCGCUGUAACGUGGUUUAAGAUUGAAAUAAAUCCCAUUUGUCUUUGUGAUCCAAA